UUGCUUGAAUGCAAGUAAAGACCGCAAACAAAGCCGUCAAGAACAAUAUAAGAUACUUCAUUUCGAGAAAGAAAAAGGAAGAAAAGAACGAGUAAAAAAAAAAAAAAAAGUAAAACGUGACGUUUGACAAGUAUAUUUCACGAUAUUUUGGUGGUGAAACCCUUUUCAUACUUUCAACUCUUUUACCAAUGAAUUCAAAAGCAGACUUGAAGAUUGCGAGAGAAGCCAUCGGUGCAAAAAAAUUUAACGAUGCAGUAAAAGCUUGUAAACGUGUUUUGUUAUGGGAAGGAGAAAAUUACAACGCUUGGGUGUUUUUAGGCGUUGCUUAUACCGGCAUGGAAGACGAUGAAGAAGCAGAGAAUUCAUAUAAACGUGCCAUUGAAAUUAAUCCUGACAACAUGUUGGGCUGGCAUGGUCUUGUUAGCUUUUAUGAAAAAAGAAACAAAAAGAUGGAGCUCGCAAAGACAAUUCAAGAAUUAUUACCACGCAUCGUGCAAAGUGGCGAUGGAGCAAAACUUGCGGAUUAUUUAAAGAAGCUACUAGUAGUGUACAAAGAAACCGAUCCCGAGAAACACUUUGAGACCUUAAAAUAUUUCUUACCCGGAAGUCAAUAUUACGAAUUAAUCAAAGACCAACCCGAUUUACCUCCUCAAAUCGAUAUCUGGAAACUCAUCAUUGAAAAAUUGGAUAAAGAACAGGCACAAAAGAUUGACAGCGAAGUAGCCUCUAGACGAUUUAGAGUAAGUGCAGGUACACCAGCUCAAGUCAGAGAUCAGGUGGAAGCAGAAGUCUUUGGUGUGUCAAAAUUAGGCAUCAUGUACGAAACCGUAUUGGAUUUAGUACCAGAAGAGGAUACAGAGCAAAAACAAUAUUGGAGUCUUAAGCUGCUGAAAUUCUAUGCCAAAAGAUUGAUGGGUACAAGAGACAAAGCAGAAUUGUAUAAAAAAGUCAUGGAUCUUGCAAAGGAUUUAAUCUCUGUCAACGAUCCUUUUCCCCUUCAACUCUUAAUCGAGUCUGCCAACGUGGAUUCACCCGAUAAAUACGACUGGACUCUCUUUCAGGAACUCAUCAACAGAUUCCCCGAUACAGGUUUAGCGAAGUUAGGAAGGGGUUAUCAAUUGAGUAAAGAGGGGGAUUUGGAUCAAGCCUUUGAUUUGUUUGGUGAAGGUUUAGAGGAAUGCCCCAACAGUCUAUUCGGUUAUCAGUGUUUGUGCUGGAUUUAUUACGAGUCGAAAGAAUACGAAACUGGCUUAGAAUAUGCCACCAAAGGUAAAGAUUUGGUAGGAAAAGUGAAGGUUGAAACAGGUGUUAGCAUGAGCAAUGUUUUACUUUCAUUUGAAAUUUGUAUGGCACAUUGUUACCGUUUAAUCGACAAGAAAUAUCACAUGGAUGCAAUUGCAUUAUACAAGACUAUUCUUCAACAUUAUCCCGAUCAAACGAGCGCGUUAGAAGGAAUGGGAUUAAUUUUAAUUCAAGAAAAGCGAUUUGAUGAAGCCCUUGAAUACUUUAAAAAAGUGCAAUCCUUGGAUCCCAAAAAUCAUCAGUCGGUGGCAGAAAUCGGGUGGAUUUAUUGUGAGCAAAAAAAUUACGAAUCUGCUAUUGAAUGUAUUCAAAAAGCUUUGGAGAUCGCAGGAAAGGAUGUAGCGGAUUAUUACUAUCGCCUUGGUCGUGUCUAUUGGUUCAUGGAAGAUUCAUCAAGUGCAUUCAAGUAUUUUAUGCAAUCAGUAAAGUUAGAUCCUUAUUUCGCAAGCGGAUUUACUUUCCUGGGUCAUUAUUAUCGCGAGGUUAAAAAGGAUCAAAGUCGUGCAAAGAAAUGUUAUCAAAAGGCAUACGUGCUUAAUCCUCUAGAUACGGAUGCAGCUCUUUGUUUAUCAGAUUACUUUAUUGCUGAUAAUGAAUUGGAUGAAGCCGAAGCUAUUUUCCGCCAAGUGUCUGAGUCAAGUCCUAAAGUCGGAUGGGCCUGGAGACGUAUGGGUUAUGUCAAUAUGAAAAUUUGUUCCUACAAUGAAGCCAUCAUUUGCUUUCAAAAAGCUUUACGUACAGACACUAGUGAUGUGCGUUGUUGGGAAGGACUUGCCGAAGCCUAUUCCCGGGCAGGUAGAUUUGUAGCUGCAUUAAAAGCAUUUGGAAGAGCCACGAAUCUUGACCCUACAUCUGUACAUGCCAGUAACGAACAAGCCUACGUACAACAAAAAGUUGGAUUAUUAGACGAUGCCAUUACAGGCUUCCAAAAUACUUUAGAAUUAGCCAAAGAACAAGAUAAAGAAAACUAUAUCCCUGCUUUGGCAGGACUUGCUGAAACCUAUAUGGAACAUGCCAAGGAAGAUUUCCAGCAAGGCUUCUUUGGACGGGCUUCCGAUCGUUGUAACUCGGCUAUUGCCGCCUCUCUUUUAGGCUUACAACAAGAUUCUUCGAUCAUUGCGCUUUGGAAAAUUGUGGGUGAUGCCUGUGCUUUCUACCGACAAAUUCCCAAAUAUCUCAAUAACUGUCACUAUGCUGCUUUACAAUCCGUGAUGCGUAUUGGCCCUGGAAAAGCACAUGAAGCAUUGAAGUUUUCACCGGAUAUCACCAGUCAUUGGGUCCAAGAAUUCUUGGCAUUGGAUCAGGAAGAAUUGGCUAGCGGUGAGUUUAGUCUACCCCAUAAAACAGCAUUGGAUGUGAUCUUAUCAUGUGGAGCCAAUGCUUAUAAAAAGGCACUUGUAUUAUGUGGAAAUCAUCAAGCGAUUGCACCCGCAUUCUGGCAUGACCUCGCCAUUCUCUACUAUCACCUCAGUUUAAAUACGAAUGACGAGGCUAUGACGGCUAUCCGGUGCGUGAAAGUGGCAUUGAAAUUAGAGCCUACGCAAUAUAUGUAUUGGAAUACAUUAGGUGUGAUUGCCAUGACCACAGCUGAUUUACCAAAGAUAUCACAAUAUGCAUUCAUCAAGGCUAUGGAGUUCAAUAAUCGAAGUGCGAUUCCUUGGACCAAUUACGGAUUCUUGUGUUUAUCGCUUAAGGAUUAUGAAUUGGCCAAUCAGGCGUUUGAAAUGGCUCAUUCGUUGGAUCCUGAAUGGAUCUCAGCAUGGGUGGGUCAGGCCUAUGUGGCUUCACUAUGGGGGACAGAUGCUGCAGCGAUCUUUGAACAUGCCUUCGAGUCUAGCAAUGGUUCUGCAAUGGAUGCUAGUUAUGGUUACGCAGACACAGUAUUUACUGGAUUGUCUUCAAAGGAUACACCUACAUCCGCCGUGAUCACACCUGUGUUUGCACUCGAAAAACUAACUGAACAAAAACUAAACGAUGCACUUGCGCUAAACCUCUUAGGUUUGCUCUUAGAAAGAUUGGGACAAUACGGUAGAGCAGCGGAAGCCUUUGCAACAGCAAUUUUAGCGGUCGAAGGACAAAUGGAAGAAGGUCGUAUCAGUGAAGAAGAAGGAAAUAAGAGACUUUCCAAGAUCCACAGUAAUUUGGGUCGUACACUUUGUGCCAAUGGAGAUUUUGAAGGAGCGAUUGCCAGUUAUCAUGCCACUGAUGCACAAACAGUGUAUGCACAGUUGAAUGCAGGUAUUGCAUAUUAUUUUGAGGAUAAAUUGCCCGAGUCUUUGGCAUUGUUUGAAUUGGCCUUGGAAGUAACACAUGAUGAUAUUGAGUUACGUCAAGAUGUGAUUGUGUUGCUGAGUAAAGUGUUGUGGGCCUUGGGUGGAGAAGAACAAAGAGCUGUCGCAAAGGAUCAAUUAUUUUCCAGUAUCACAGAUAAUCCAAAUUACCUGCCAGCUAUUUUCUCAUUGUGUGCCAUGGGUAUGCUUCAGGAUGAUGAAACACUUACUGCUGCCGCAUUACAAGAAUUAGCUAAGGUGUCCGUUCACAUUGCUUAUGAUUCAGACAAAGAACAAUCGAUUUCGUAUUUGUUCUCCAAGUAUUACGAAAUUCAGGGUAAUGAAGUGCAAGCAACUCGUGCAUUAGUUAAAAGUGUACAUCAAACACCUUGGUUGGCAGGUGCUUGGAGCCGUUUAAGCACUCGACUUGUAUCGUCAAAUGAUAAGACUGCUAAAAUCAUGACAUCAAGCACACUUGUAAUUGCUUCUAAUAAAUCACGUACAGCAGAAGCUCAAUCCGAGGCAUAUGAGAAUGCAGCGUUGGCAGAGAAGGACAACAUACCCGCUUCCAAGAAAUUAGCUCAGAGAUCUAUCAUCUCAGCUCCUUGGCGAUUAAGCGCAUGGAUGGCUUUAACUCCCCUAAAAUAAAAAUUCUAUUUAUAACAAAUACAAUGUUGUCAUUUUUGUGUUACCUCCAAA